AUCUUUGGAUUCGUUCAUACUGGAAGAGACACGGUAUCAAGUCUCCCCCAUCAAUUCCAAUCUUUGGUAAUACGCUUCAAUGGCUAAAGGGAAUCCAACAUGCCUUUCUCGAGUACAACCAGAAACUAGGGAACAUCUAUGGCCUGUGCGAUUUUCAUCGACCUGGCCUCGCUAUUAGUGAUGUCGACAUGCUGAAGGAAAUCAUGGUGAAAAGUUUCAGUAGCUUCACAAAUCGUUGGGUUGUUCCAUUGUUCAGUAAUGACUUGAAUGACGCCCUAUUCGUGACCAAAGAUGAUCACUGGAAGGGAAUCAGAAACGUUGUUACACCUACCUUCAGCGCAGCAAAGAUGAAACAAAUGUCACCGCUGGUAAAUGACUGUGCUAGUACGCUAAUGAAGCACUUAAAGAAACGACAGGAACUUCAUGGAUUCAUUGAAUUUAAAGAAUUAAUCGGAGCAUACGCAAUGGACAGUAUCGCAAGCUGUGCAUUUGGACUCAAGAUUGACUCACAAGAAAACCGUAAUGAUCCUUUCGUAACCCAUGCAAAGACGGCGUUUGAAUCCAAUGCAUUCGCCAGUCCUUUAGUACUGUUUUCAAAUCUCUUCCCUUGGACUGUUCCUCUCCUGGAAUAUUUCGGAUUUAAUAUCAUCAAUAAGAAAUCAACACAAUUCUUUUCUGAAAUCGUCAAACGGACGAUUGUAACACGCCAAGAGUCGACGAGUGCAAGAAAGAAAAUCGAUUAUCUUCAGCUUCUCAUAAAUUCAUAUGAGGGAAGGGCAUCCAGCAACACGAAUGACACAACGGAAGAUGAUGUUGACGGUGACCCCAAUGACGAGGCCUUUGCACAGGGAGGAGUAGUAAAAAAAAGUUCCAAGAAAAGCACCUUAAAUGAAAGAGAAGUAAUAAGCCAGGCUCUCAUCUUUUUCUUGGCUGGUUACGAGACAACAAGCACUGCUGCCGGAUUCAUGUUAUACCUUCUUGCUACACAUCCCGAUGUACAAGACAGACUUGUUGAAGAAAUCGACAACGUAGCUCCUUCCGUGGAGGAUGUUGGCUAUCAAUCAAUCUCGAAGAUGUCUUACCUUGAUCAAGUCUUCAGUGAGACACUUCGCAUCUACCCAUCAGCCCCUAUUAUUGAUCGUGUUGCUAACGAGCCAUUUGUUGUCAACGGAUUUACCGUUCCAAAGGGUAUGCGAAUCUUUAUUCCUGUGUUUAGCAUCCAUCGUGACCCAAUCUUGUGGCCUGACCCGGAAGUAUUUGAUCCAGACAGAUUCAGCAAAGAAAAUCGUGAAAAGCACCACCCAUGCGCUUGGAUGCCGUUUGGAUUAGGACCUAGGAACUGCGUCGGGAUGAGGUUUGCUAUGAUGGAAAUUAAAAUUGUCGUCAUUAGAAUUCUGCAGAAAUACCGGAUCGAGACCUGCCCUCAAACCCAGAUACCGCCAAAAUUGGGAACCGGGGCAACUAUUGCUCCCCCUAGCGGCUUCUCUCUUCGUAUAGUCGAGCGAAACUAAUUGGUCUUCAACUUUUCAUCAAAUAUAUUUCUUCGUUCAUUUAUGUAUAAAGUUAUUAUCAUGACUAACAUAAUCAACAGUGGCGUACCGUGGGUCACGGCAUUGGGGGGCACCAGCAAAAAUUUUGAGUAACUUAGUGAGCGCGCGAAGCGCGCUCAGUAGCAAGGUAUACUGACCUACUAUAGACAUUUUAAAGACAGUGUCACUAAACGGAUAUGUAUCUCACUUAUCACAUAGUGCGAGAUGAAGUUUUAUAAUAUUCAGACCUAAAAAGGGACAUGAUAAGCAAAUUUUUGUAAUCAUAAUAUAUGCAUCUGUCUCGCUAAACAAACAAUGCGAGCGCGAAGCGCGAGCUGAAAUUUUUGUAUAUAUUGACCACAAACGGACAUUUUAAGAACUCUAGGAAUCCAUUAGGAGUAUACAUAUCUCACCAUAGUCAUCUAAUGCGAGUGCCAAGCGUUUGUUGAUUUUGUUAGAAUUACUUCUAAAUACAUGAAGCACUAGUAGUCAUUGGAAUCAUGAUUAACAUACACAUCUCACUAAUCAUAUAUUGCGAGCGCAAAGCGCGAGCUGAAAAUUUAGGAAAAAUCAGACAUGAAGAAGGAAAUUCUAAGGCUUGUUUGUAGGAAUUCAUGAAGACCAUACGUAUAUCACUAACCAAAACCUGCGAGCGCGAAGCGCGAGCUGAAAUUUUUGUAUAUAUUGACCCCAAACAGGAAUAUUUUAAGGACUAUUUUUCGAGGAAUCAAUUUAAAGUACACAACAUAUAUUUUGCCAUAGUCAUCUAAUGAGAGUGCCAAGCGCAUCCUGAUUUUGUUAUAAUUACAUCUAAACACAUGAAUAACUUUUUGUAGUCAUUGUAAUCAUGAUUAUCAUACGCAUCUCACUCAUCAGAUAUUUCGAGCGCGAAGUGCGAGCUGAAAAUUUAGGAAAUUCAGACCUGAAGAGGGGCAUUUUAAGGGUUGUUUGUAGGAAUUCACGAAGACAAUACGUAUUUCUUUAACCAAAUGAUGCGAGUGCGAAGCGCAAGCGGAAAUUUUUUUAUAUUCAUAUCACAAAAAGGAACAUUUUAAGGACUGAUUUUAGGAUUUCAUGAAGAGCAGACAUAUCUCACCAAUCCACAAAUGCGAACGUAAGCACGGACAGGAAAUGUUUUAUAUUAGUACCUUAAAAUGGGGCAAUCACUUUAAGUAGUCAUAAAAAAGAAGCAUGUCACUUCAUAAAACAAUAUUAAUUCGAAGUGCGAGGAAAUAUGCUUGGUGUAUAUAGACUUGAAAACGGGAGGUUUUAGUAUAACAGGAUUGUAUAUCUCGUUAAACAGACAAUGCGAGCACCAGGAACAAUAAAGACAUAGGCCCUGAGCAAAUUGUGUUUCAUAAAGUUAUGAAAGAAAAAUGCGUUUUAUGUAAGAUAAGCUAAUUAUAACAUAACAUUAUAAUGAACAAUAAUUUCUUCUUUCCAAAUACGCUUCUCUUUCUCCCUCUUUUUCUCCUUUUCCCCCCUUUUUUUUUUUUUUUUUGCCAGCCGAUUGGGGGGGGGCACGUGCCCCCCAUGCCCCCCGUAGUUUACGCCACUGAACGCGGUUGUUAGCUUUCACUGCUUGAGUAAUUGGCAAGGAAAUUGAGGUCAAAGCUACCAUGAUCGGCAUAAGUCUAUACCUCGAUCGCCAACACACUGGUUACCUAGUUACUUAAAUAUUUUGAAAAUGUCAAAUUAACGGGAACUGGACUAUAAUUGACACCACACCGACCAAGGUAGAUUUACCCCGAUCGUAUUGCCAAUCUGUGAAGAUCUGGGGGAGAAUAUCUUGAUGGGUUUUCGAUCGAAUAAGGGGCUGCUAAACCGGUCGAGAGGGAUUCAAUUUUCCCCAAACCGUAUACAAAAACCUAAAUUUGCCGCCUGAUGGUCAACCGUUCGGCGGCCCAUGCGAUUAGGGGUCUUUGCAUAAAUUAUGCUCACUGAGCGUGGAGAUAUGGUAUUAUAUAAAAACAAAAAUCUGUAUAGACCAAACAAUGCACGAAUUCACAUAAUUACCAGAGAUUAGCGACUGAAAAGUGAUCGACGAACAUAAUACGAGUAUGUCUCGUCAGCAACAACGUCUGGUAGCUCAAGAGAACGCCGCAUAACUGGUUUGUUGGCUCAGUUGGUAGAGCGUUCGCCUCACAACCGGGAGGUCGGGGGUUCAAACCCCGGCCGCGUCAGACCAAAAGACGUUAAAAGAUGGGAGUUGCUGCUACCCUGUUUGGCGUUCAACUACAUGUAUUAAUAUAAAAUGAUAGAGCCUCGUCGAUCUGGCGCUGCACAGUGGCUGCCGGGCCCACGAUCAAUUGGGCAAAGCAAAUUUUCGGAGUAUUUCAGUUCAUGUCUAUUUCGAACAAUAGAAUAUGGAUUUUCAUUUUUUUUUUCAUUUUCAUAAUGUUGCAACGGUGUCUAUAGCAGUUCACUUAAAGGAUGCUCUGGGCUGAAAAUAUUUAUAUUCAAACAAAAUAGUAAAAUUCACUGAGCAAAAUGCUGAAAAUUUCAUCAAAAUUGGAUAACAAAUAACGAAGUUAUUGAAUUUUAAAUGUUUAGCAAUAUUUUGUAAAAAUAGUUAUAUGCAUGUCAUCAUGAAUAGGUGGGCUGAUGAUGUCACAUCCCCACUUUCCUUUUUCUUGUGUUAUUACAUGAAAUCAUAUUAAAUUGUGUCAUUUCUUCUUACAUGUGUGAACAAUGUGUCUCCUUUAUAAUUAAAUAAUUUUGCACUGAGCAUUGAAUAUCUAAAGCAUUACGUCAGCUGUCAAUCCAUUGUUUUCAGUUCUUGGUAGAAAAAAAUUGAAUAAACAUAAUUUCAUAUAAUAAAUACAAAAUAACAAGUGGGGAACUGACAUCAUCAAAUUGCUCAUUGAAUAUUCAUGAAGACAUGCAUAUAACUGUUUUACCGGAAUAAUUUAAAUCAUCAAAAUGCCAUAACUUUGUUAUUCCCUGUCCGAUUUUGAUCAAAUUUUUAGAGUUUUGUUUGUCUGAUUUUUCUUUAUCUGUUUAUAUCAUAUUAUUUUCAGCCCGGAACAUCCCUUUAAUGACUUAUUACAUGGACAAAUUAAAAGUACACGUGUAACUGAUACUUUUCCAGCUAUAUGUCACUCCUAGAUUUCACUUCAUUUGGAUAAGUUUUGACAUAGAUGCCUAAAAUAUGUAAAAAUUACUUUGAAAGCACAUCAGUCUUGUAUAUAUGACUAAUACCGUGAUGGACACUUAAAUAGGCUCCUGCGACGGAAAAGAAAUUGAAUUUUUAUCGCUUUUAACUCAUCCUUGAAAUAAGUUCAAUAGGCAUAUUAUGCAGUAGAUAUGUACAGGGCCUACGAUUAAAUAAUAAUUCUGCAAAAAAAUCAAACACACAUAUUGAACGAUACUAUACAGUUGCAUAGUAUUUAUCUUAUAUUUACGAAAUUGUACGAUUGAAGUAUGUUAAGUAUAAUGUUUUGUCUCAACGAUAGGCAUGUAGACAUGUAGAGAAAGUAAUAGAGUAUCGUGCAAAUAACUAUUUCAUAUAGAAAGCUAUGAGUAAAGAAUAAAUACCGUUUUUGUUAUAUACUUUUCAAGCGUAAUUUACAUGUAUAUGUAAAAAAAAAACAUAUCAAAACAUUUUGAUAAAUGUAAUCUUUACUGUGUAUUAGACAUUAAUGUAAUAAGUCCCAGAUUCACUUAUAUCAUUUAGUUGCAUAAUUCAUACUAUAAAUUUAACUUUUCGCUUAAAUUGAUGCUCAAUGUAAUGUGUUUUCUUAUUUCUCACAUUUCCAUGUAAAGUUGUUAGUUAUGCAGCAUUUAAUGAAAAUAAAAAAUUCAAAUUG